AUGGUCCAGGGGGCGGGCCUGGACGCCUCUGCCAGCAAGAGCUGCAGCUUGGAGAGGGGCCGCGGCGAGCUCCGCGAGGCCUUGGGCAGCUGCCGUGCUCCCGAGUGGGGCCAGCCGGCAUCCCGGGAGCAGCCCGCGCGCGCCCAGCUCCGGGAGCGCUCAGUGCGGGGCGCAGGGUGCGGCCUGCGGAAUGGGGAGCAGCCCCUUCCGCGGGUAGGAAAGGCGCACCCCCUGCCCCCCUUCUCUGAGUGUGUAACUGGGAAUCCCGCUCAGCCCCGAGGGAAGAAGGGGGCACGGUCUCGGAAAGCUCAGGUAGAGACUCCCCGCGGCCCAGGUCCCAAGGCGCGGAGCGGGGUUGGGAGGCGCCGGCUUCUGCGUUCACGUGCCCCCACCGUCGGCCGGCGGGUGGAAGACCCCAUCGGCAAUCUGUCUUUUGCUCGUAUUGACUCUGGGGGCGCUCCGAGGGAGUCCAGGGGCUCCGGGCUGCGCCCCCUCUGUGCUCUCCGCAAGGAGACUUCGCGGGAAGGACCCUUUCCUGCCUCCCUGGCCUUCAGGGCACGCUGGGCGCAGAAGCAGCCCUCUGCUCUGGGCGAGGACUCGCUGCUGCCCCCAGCCGUGGCCCGGCCCCUGCCCCUGCGCCGCCAUGGAGCCUCGAUGCCAUCAUCACGGUCAGCGUCCUCCGGGCCAGAGACGCAGAGUCCAGAGGAGCCCAAGGGGACGCGGAGCCAGGGCCCGGCCCACAGCAAGGACGCGCCCAGGCCGGACCGGGAGGACGCGAGGCCCGGCUUCGGCACCUGGCGGAGGGCCUUCUCCAGAGCCGGCUUCCAGGCCCCGGCCCAGAGCCCCGAGGAUGGCGGGAGCCUGCUCCGGCGCAGCUCCCGCUUCCUGCUGCGGUCCAUCAGGGGGCCCCUGACCGGCAAGCCCACGGCCGAGCAGCCCCAGGCCGCCUCUGCGCCAGGGGCGGCCCCGGGCCCCAAGGUGCCCGGCAAGCUCGCUGGCAGAGAGCCCACGCAGACAGGCGCGGGCUCCAGGCCCAAGGGCGCAGAACCCGAGACAGACAAAUCUACGGCUGACCUCAUCACGGAGCGGCAGCUCCUGGCGGCCUUCCGGCGGCUACAGGAGGAGGAGUCGCGGCUAGUGGCCAGGAAAAACUCGGAAACUCUCCAGGACGACCCCACGGGCUUCCUGCGGCAGGCCAUGGACGUGGGGGUGCACUACGACGCGCUGGCCGCCCAGAUCGGCGCCAUUGUGCGCGACACGCUGGGCGCCCGCGGCGUGAGCCGGGCCGAGCUGGAGGAGCUGACCGGGGUGGUGCGCGAGGAGGAACAGGCGCACCCGGCGCCCCCCGCGGACGGCGACUUCCUGCGCGUGCCGCGCCGCUGGCGCCGGCUCUGGGAGGAGGCGGUUCAGCAGAGCGUGCAGGAGCGGGUCCUGCAGGCCAGUUUCCCCGAGAGCCCGGGCUCCGCCGAGGGGGCGUCGGCGCUCUCCCGGCUCCUGGCGGACCUCGGCGCCUUGGUUCGCGCAGACCUGCAGAAGGUGAGGCUCGAGGUGCAGCCCACCUACGCGGCCGCCGGCUUCCCUGCCUGGGAGGUCUACCUGCGCGCCUUUCACGGCGCCGUGGCCCAGCGGCUGCAGGAGCUCGCCAGGCCCGCCCAGGGCUGCGAGAAUCUCUACGUCCUGCUGGACUGGGCCGCCAACGUCUACAGCAGUCCUGACUUCCUGGGUGCCCCAGACCUGGCUUUGCCCGCAGAGCCGCUGCCCCCACUCCUGGCACCUGAGGUGUGGGCCCAGCUGGAGAGCGAAUACACCCGCUUCCUCGAGACCCAGAUCAGGAAAUGCUUCGAGAACAUCCUACAACUGGAGCAGAGCCCAGAGUCCCCUGAGAUGCUGCAGGGCCUCUACCACACACCGCUGUCCCAGGACAUCCACAUGCUCGUGGCAGAGCACGUGAGGGCGUCCAGGGCCAUCUCCCUGGAACUGGAGGCUACCACCCAGGAGAUCUGCGCACGGGAACUGGGCCACUUCCUUCCCAGGUUUGAAAAGGCUUUUCUGGAGCCGAAGGUGAGCGUGCCACAUCUGGGUGCCAACAUCAAUGCGCUGGAGGAGCUCAGGACCAGUCUUCUGGCCAAGUUCCCAGGAACUUUUGAGGGGCUGCAGCAGCCUCUGGUGGCUGCCACCGGCACCUUACAGAAGCAGCUGCUCCAGCACCUGCAGCGGGAUGUGCAGCCGCUCUUCAGCACCGUGUGCACCAAGGACUGGCUGACCCGGGACUCACUCAAGCCCGUCAUGGACAAGGUGGUGGACUUUGCCCACUGUCUCCAGCACGUGGUCCCGCCCUGGGGACAGGAGACCCUGCAGGAGGCUCACCGAUACGUGGUCCGCGAGUACCUGGCCCAGGUGCUGAAGCCGCGUGAGCGCUUCCGGGGUGCCAGCCGGGUGACAGGUUCCCUGAAGAUGGGCCAGGAGGCCGAGGCCAUCCACAGCACCUUCCAGGACCUGGGCUCUGAGGCCGCGUGGCUGGGCUUGGCCAUCCCGUGCGUGGCGGACAUACUGGGUGAGACCCAGAAGGCCGACAUCCAGAAGCACCUGGAGAAACUGAUCAGGAGCUACCCCGACAUCAGGCGGGACCACGUGCUGGCCCUUCUGGCCCUGCGCCGCCUGGGCCGCCGGCGGAACCGCCAGCUCCUGCAGCGCGCCAAGGACCUGCUGAGGGCCGCUGCCAAGGCCAGGGACCCCGGGGCUCUGGAGGGCCACCUGCUCUUCGAGGAGAUCGAGACGCCCAAGUCCAUGGAAGUGCUCAUCACCUGCAUCUAACCUCCGGCCCCACCACAAGCCCUCAGCCCGGGCUCCUGCGGCCCAGCGGGGCUGCUGGCGGGCGGAGGGACAGCUGGGCCAGGCUCGCCAGGCAUCUGGGGCGGGCGCAGAGGGGCCGUCCUGCGCCAUCAGGCUGCCUCCCUGCCCAGCUGCCCAGCGUUGCCUCUAG